UUUCUCUAUCCUUUCUUCUCUGCUUCCGUUCAGUACCAAUGUCCUCAACGAGGUUCGGAUUCUUCUUUUGCCAUUGUCAAAGGCUCUUCCCAGCACUAUCUUCUUCUUCUUCCUUUGCUUUUUCACGCCCAAGACUCCUCUCUACCACUCCAUAUCCUCUCCAAUAUGAACUCAUUAUCAACCGUCCAUCUUACCCUCGCCCACCAACUGUUCGACCAAUUGACUCACCCGAACCUGAAGACCCCGCUUCCGAGACUCGCCCCCAACUAGACAAGGCCCAGAGGAAGUACUAUAACAAGCGCAGGAAAAGGAUAUACGGCUCGGAUUCCGACCAAGAGGCAGCUGGGCGCCGUGACGAAGGGUUCGUGGAGUUGAAGCCUGAGGUGGUGGAAUUCCCCACGCUGCACAAGAGGGAGGAAGAGUUGUACUUCCACGACGCGUUUACGUAUCCCUGGGAGAAGGACAAGCAUUACAAGAUGGUUUAUCAGUUGGAGAAGAAGUACUUUCCUGAUCAGUCGCUUGACAAGGCCUUUCUCCAACCGGGACAGUCAAAUAUCAAUAGUGCAAAUGUUGAUGUUAAUGCAGAUGGACGGGGCAAGGGUAGGAAGAAAGAUGUUGGGAUGGAUGAAAAGUUGGUGUUUUUUGAGGGAAAAGAGAAGGGCGAGGGUGAGAGUGGAAGUAGAGAACUGAAGGAGAAGAAGGUUGAGGAGUUCUUCAAGGGUUUGAAGAAGGUUCCUGGUAGUAACAAGGACGUUCAGGUUGGAGAGCCUUUUCUUUCGUCAAGGAGGACUGGUCUUCCUCCCGUGUGGGAUAGUCCGCAUGGCACUGUGGUUUUGGUUAACAAACCGAAAGGUUGGACUUCAUUCACGGUUUGUGGAAAGCUGCGUCGCCUUGUCAAAGUGAAAAAGGUCGGUCAUGCUGGGACCCUUGACCCAAUGGCUACUGGUUUAUUGAUUGUGUGUGUUGGCAAAGCAACGAAACUGGUAGACAGAUAUCAAGGAAUGAUUAAGGGUUAUAGUGGGGUUUUCCGCUUGGGGGAGGCUACUUCAACAUGGGAUGCUGACUCACCAGUCAUUCAACGUGAGCCAUGGGAGCAUAUCAAAGAUGAGGAUAUAAAGAAGAAUGCUUUGUCCUUUUGUGGGGAGAUCUGGCAAGUUCCUCCUAUGUUCUCAGCUAUUAAAGUUGGAGGUGAAAAGAUGUAUGAGAAAGCAAGGAGAGGAGAAAGCAUUGAACUUUCACCUAGACGAAUUUCAAUUUUCCAGUUUGACACAGAGCGCAGCUUAAGUGACAGACAAAAUUUGAUUUUUAGAGUAACAUGUUCCAAAGGGACAUAUAUUCGGUCACUUUGUGCAGAUUUUGGGAAGGCUCUUGACAGCUGUGCCCAUUUAACUGCUCUCCGAAGAGAUUCAAUUGGGCAAUAUUCAGCCGACGAUGCAUGGGACUUUCAAGAGCUGGAAGAGGCUAUCACUAAAAGUUAUCUCUAACAUCCUUGCCAUGUUGCUCCCUCCCAAGAUAAUGGAGUAAGAUCCAUCCCAUGCAAUGCUCUUCUUUUCGGGUAAAAAAAUGCAAAAUGCUUUAGGGGUUGCUUUGGUUUGAUAAAAUUUUUUUUUGGUUUUCAUUUAUUUUCUUUUCAUUUUUAAUCGUAAAAGAUCUUAUUUUUAUUUUGUUUUCUGAUUUAAAGACUUGCUUAAGAAAGAAGCAUUGGAUACAUAAAAUGAAAACAGGAAACCAUAAAAAAUGUUUUUGUUGUUUCUUAUUGUUUUCAUUUUUCUCUAUGCGAACUUUUGAAAACAGAAAGGGAAAAUGGGUUCUAUUUAAUAGAAAAAUUAAGAAAAGCUUUCACAAACUAAGUUUGACUCCUAAUAAACCAAAUCUCAAGCAUGUAUUCCUUUCUCUAAACUUUUUUUUUUUUUGUAGUUUGAGUUCUUUGUCUACAUAUCAGGUAUAUAAAAUCGAGAGAAAUGUUCUGUAAAAUUUGUUAUGUAUUUGUAUAGAGAAUAUUAAUGCACUGAAAAGCAAAAUUCUAGAUAUGUGGUUUUGUAGAUGAAGUGGCUUGGUCUAAUGCAUUAACUUUAAAAAUUUUACUUGAGAAAA